AUGUGGUCUAGAUUUGCAAUUGUGUUUCAGGCGGUUCUAGCCGUCGCUACACCUCUUAUAUCGAGGAAUCCAGCCAACGUCCUGUAUGAUCGUGCAAGCACCAUCGCCGCUGCGGCUCCGGUCUUCGCUUGCUCGGCGUCGAGCUGGCCGCCGAACACCAUCGGCAAGGCCAACGAGCCACAACAGCCCUCGGAGGAUUUGACCGCGAUCCUCGCGGCUGUAGACCCAGCGCGUAUCCAAGCGACAAUCGAGAAACUAGUGUCCUUCGGUACGCGUCACACGCUCUCGAGUCAGACGUCUAAGACAAGGGGCAUCGGAGCCGCGCGCGAUUGGAUCCAUGCUGAGUUUCAGCGGUACGCAGACAUGAGUGAUGGACGGCUAAGCGUUAAGACGGUAGGUUAUGUACAAGAACCCGAUGGAAAUCGGGUCACAUUUGCGACGAGGAUUAGCGACAUCGUGGCUACGCUCAAAGGUACAGAUGAGAACCGGCUCUAUGUCAUCUCGGGCCAUUACGACACGCGGAACACGAAUGUCCUGGAUUAUGAAGGAGAUGCGCCUGGCGCUGAUGAUGAUGCCUCUGGCGUUGCGGUCUCGCUGGAGUUGGCAAGGGUCAUGUCGAACCCAAAGUAUCCUGUGCCGAAGGCGAGUAUUGCGUUUGCCGCUGUAGCGGGUGAGGAACAGGGGUUAUAUGGCUCGCAGUUCCUUGCACAGACAUAUGCGAACAGUACGCCGAGAGUGAAUGUAGAAGGAAUGUUAAAUAACGACAUCGUCGGGUCCCCCAACGAAGCAGAUCCCCACGUGAUCCGGCUCUUCGCACAAGGCCUUCCCCCCCUGACCGUAGAAAACUCCACAAAACGGGAAUCGCGGCUGCAAAUCGGCGGCGAGAACGACACGCCCGCGCGCAACCUCGCGCGCUUCGUCAAAGAAGUCGCAGAGAACCACGCCACGGGGAUGAACGUCUCGGUCAUAUACCGGCUAGAUAGGUAUCUGCGCUCAGGCGACCACCGCCCGUUCCUCGAAGCCGGGUAUCCCGCGAUCAGGUUCACGGAACCCCGCGAGAACUUCGCGCACCAACAUCAAAACGUGCGUGUGGAUAAUUCCACUGGCAACCCCGUGCAAUACGGGGAUCUGCCGCAGUUCUGCGACUUCGAAUUCAUCGCGCGCGUGGCACGCGUUAACGGGGCCACGCUUUGGAGUCUUGCGAAUUCACCGGGUGCGCCGACGAAUGUGCGGAUUGAUACGGAGGCUCUGGGGAAUGAGAGCACACUGUUUUGGGAUCCACCGCUGAGUGGUGAGGAGAACGUUGCUGCGUAUGAAGUUGUUUGGAGAUCGACGGCUGCACCUGCUUGGACGGAUGUGAUUGAUGUUGGAUUGGUGAAUCGGGUUACGCUGGACCUGAGUAAGGAUAAUGUCGUGUUUGGCGUUAGGGCGAGGAGUAAGGAGGGGAAUAGGGGUGUUGCUGUUCUGUCGUUUCCUGGGUAA